UUAUUAUUCUUAUUCUUUUUUUCUUGCUUGCUUUUUUUUCGCAUUUCUACUUGCAACCCUAUCCAACUACAUAUUUUUUUCCCGUCUUCUUUUGCCCCUAGACAACUGUAUAUUGUAAACGGGCCGACGUUUCCAUCUCGCAAAUCAAAUUAUAUAUCAUGGUCGAACUCAGCGUAUGCGCUCCUGGCGACAACUAUUCAGCACAACAAGGUUCCUUUGAAGGGCCCGAAAAACUCUUGGAAAUCUGGUUCUCUCCUUCGCCGAACCGAUUGCACGAUCAUCAAAACCUUUCUUCGUCGGAAUCCUCGGAAGCCGAAGAUGAUCACAGCACCAGCAGCUCCAUGGACGACAAAGAACUUGUAGAACGUUUCAGUCCGCCUCGGUCACAUCGCCAUGGCAGUACGACGAUUCGCCACUCGGGUUUACGGGUGGUACCCCGUCCUGUGUGGGACGAUGUUCUUUCCAUUGUCAAGUGCACCGUUCUCAAUGUCAUUCAUAAUGAAGACGUCGAUGCCUAUCUCUUGAGUGAGUCAUCGAUGUUUGUUUAUCCCCACAAGCUGAUCCUCAAAACGUGUGGCACUACGACCCUUCUUCUGGCAUUGCCACGUCUACUGGAAAUUGCCAAGCAAUACUGUGAUUUCGAAAAAGUUUGGCGUGUCUUUUAUUCUCGUAAAGCAUUCAUGUUCCCCGAACGUCAAACGGGUCCUCAUCGUUCAUGGCAAAACGAAGUGGAUUUCUUGGAUAAAUAUUUCGAUAAUGGUUCUGCUUACCAAAUUGGUAAAGUAGCAGCCGAUCAUUGGUAUUUGUAUUUGACCAAACCUGCCGACGAUGUGCUUCAUCAUCCCAAGCCACGUUCGCAUCCUUAUCACUUGCAAGGCGCGAUGCGUGAGCGCGAAAUUAUGAGCGGCUGUUCUACGCCCAUCACCUCCGAUACGGAAGAUCCUUCUCCAUUUGGUAAUGCUGGACAUUCGUACCCCGAUCAAACCGUCGAGAUCUUGAUGACCCGCUUGAACCCUGAAAAAAUGAAAAAGUUCUAUCAUGAUGCUACACAGAUCGAAUCGGGCACGGUGGGCGGACAAUGGGUCGAUAAGGAAACCGGUAUCGGCCGUCUUUAUCCAGAGGCUCACAUCGACUCGUUCUUAUUCGAACCUUGCGGUUACUCGAGCAACGGAUUGAGCCAUGAUCGUUAUUUUACCAUCCAUGUGACUCCGGAGCCUGAUUGCUCUUAUGCGUCUUUCGAAACAAAUAUACCUGUGGAGGAUUCGCAUGCGGGUGAUGGCGAGAUCUCUCCUAUUGAAGCGUUGGUGCAUCAAGUUGUUGACAUUUUCGGCCCCGAAACCUUCACUGUCACCUUCUUUACAUCCCACCAUAAAGAAUAUCACAGUCACAGCCAUAUGGUGCGUUCCAUGUCUUCAAUGCAGGGUUAUCAACGUACGGACCGUAUCCUCUACGAAUUCGAUGGCUACGACUUGGUCUAUGGACAUUACACAAAGGACGACUCGGCCUAAAACGAAGAAAAAUUCAACACGCGC